AGUCCGGUCCGGUUGGGCGGCGGAUCCAGGUGGGCCGUGCUGACGUGGAAAGCCGCGAAGUCAGGUCCAAGAAACGCAGCGCGCAGAGCUUUCCUCAUUUCAGGCCGCCCUUCUUCCCACUCCGCGCGAACUCUCCGACUGCUUCGCCUCCUCAGAUCCAUCAGCCGAACUCCCGCGUCAAGCUGCGACGAAUCCGCAAGCAUGUGGAGGAGACUCGUCUCUUCACACUUCCCGGCCCUGGCCGCCGCCGCCGCCGCCGCCGCGUCCACUUCCGGCCGAUCCGCCCUGUCCGCCGCCUCCCGAUCGCUCGUUGCUCCCGCUUCUUCCGCUUCCGUUCUCGUUCGCCGCUUCGGCGUCGGUUCCGCGCAAAGUGCUGUGAAGAAGAAGGUUGAAGAUGUGAUGCCGAUUGCUACUGGACAUGAGCGAGAGGAGAUUGCGGCUGAGCUUGAGGGAAGGAAACUUCUUGAUAUAAACUAUCCCGUUGGUCCUUUUGGCAUGAAGGAAGCUCCUGCUGUCAUUAAGUCCUAUUAUGACAAGAGAAUAGUUGGAUGCCCUGGUGGUGAAGAUGAGGAUGAGCAUGACGUUGUGUGGUUUUGGUUGGAGAAAGGCAAGCCGCACGAAUGCCCAGUGUGUUCACAGUAUUUUGUUUUGGAUGUUGUGGGCCCUGGAGGACCACCGGAUGGGCAUGGCAAUGAUGAGGACCAUCACUGAUUCAUCUUUCGAUUUCCUAGUGGAAUAAAGCUUUUCCAUAUACGCUGCAGAGUAAGAAUUGGGAGCUCUCUGUUAUGUCAGUUUCUAAUUGAUCCGGUUUUUUGUGGCUGUUGCUUGGCAACAUUUUGGUCAGUUUUUUCUUUUUCAUGGUAUUCAUGAGGCAGUCACUGUUAGAAAUGCGAAUCUUGUUAUAUUUUUAUUUUUUUGCUGGCAAGCAUUCAAUAAAUCAUCAAUACAUAUUGAUUCUUUCGUGAACAUUCAUCAGUAUCUUUGAGAGAAUCACAGAACAUUUGUUAUUUGUUUCA